GUAAAUGGAUUUGAAUUCGCUGUUAGCGUUCACAUUUUGUGUCCGGACCACAGCAAGCAACAUAUGGUCCAGGGAGACUGAUCAAAUUGAGGAGAAGGAGAACACCCUUUUCCCCCGAUAUAAGGACACGUAUGAAGGUUUCAUGUGGACUCAUUUUGAACUGGGAUUAAGUAACAUUUAUUUUCGUUUGGAAUUAUAACUUUCAGGAAAGACAGGAAGAUGUUGCUAAAUAUAAAACACAUAUUGUGGUUAAUCUGCAUAUACCAGACAACGACUGAACCAGUUUCUAGCACGUUAUUGAUGAUGCGUCCUGUCAGCGGCUCGUUGUCUGGGAAAGUGACCCUUCCGUGUUACUUCUCCAUCAUCCCCACUGUUGGACCUAGAAACAGAAAUGCCUCAGGAACAGAUUACCUUCGCAUCAAAUGGACCAAAAUUGAGGGGGGUGUUGAGUCGACUGUUCUUGUCACCCAAAACGGCGUCAUUAAGAUCGGUUCAGGGUACAGAAGCCGUGUAUCUGUGCAAAGUCAUCCAGAAGACAUUGGGGAUGCUUCUCUGACUGUGGUGAAGCUUCGGGCCAGUGAUGCAGGAACAUACCGCUGUGAAGUGAUGUUUGGGAUUGAAGACACACAAGACACAGUCAAUUUGAAUGUUGAGGGCGUGGUGUUUCACUACAGGUCAAAGGUCAGCAGAUACAUUAUGAACUAUGCACAAGCUGUGCAGACCUGCAGCAACGUUGGAGCCACCAUUGCUACAGCAGAGCAGCUGAGAGCUGCACAUGAGGAUGGAUUUGAUCAGUGUGAUGCUGGUUGGAUAGCAGAUCAAACAGUGAGAUAUCCAAUCACUAGACCAAGGCCCGGCUGCUUUGGAAAUCUGCCUGGAAAACCUGGUGUCAGGUCAUAUGGCAAACGCAAGCCCACAGAGACCUUCGACGUGUACUGCUAUGUGGAUAAGAUUGAGGGUAAUGUUUUCUUUGCGCCCACACCACGUAAGAUGACCUUUGAUGAGGCCAAGGCUGAGUGUGAAAGCAUGAAUGCAGAGUUGGCCUCACCUGGUCAACUCCACGCUGCCUGGAGACAGGGCCUGGACCGCUGUGAUUAUGGAUGGCUGUCUGAUGGCAGUGCUCGCCACCCUGUCUCCAUACCCAGAAGUCAGUGCGGUGGUGGUCUGCUGGGUGUCCGCACCAUGUACCGCUACCGAAACCAAACAGGCUUCCCAGAUCCCAAUAUGAGGCUAGGAGCAUACUGUUUCAAAGGUUCUAAGCUUUUAUUCAACCAGUCCUCCUGGGUGGAUGUCACAGUUCAGAGUGGUAUCACUAUGGAGCCCACAACUGCAUUCUUCAGCACAGAGACCACCACAGGCCAGACUCUCUCUCCUGAGACCAGUCCCUCUCAUUCGUCACAGGCCACCUCUGAUGAUGUCCUUUCUCCAACAGAUGCCCCUUCUAUGUUUUCUACAAGCAUGGCACCACCAAAGACAAGCCACGACCCUGACAGACUAGAAUCUGCCAUCACACCUUUUGCGGAAUCUGAUGAAGGCUUUCUCACAACAAAACUUCCAGAUUUUGAUUUUAGUGAUUUUGACACUGAGAAGACUGGUGAUGAAGCAAAUGUUCGUGGAGAUGUGAUCAGUGGAGAACUUACUACUGCAGUUCCCACAGCCUCAGAGGAACCAGUGGAGGAGAUAGAGGACAAGAGCAUCAUUAAAGUGAACACUGUUCUACCUGACAUUUUACUCUCAGAUUCUCUAAGCACAAAACCAAUGUUCGCAGUCGGCAAAACAGAGGAAUCUAUCCUAGUUGGGGUUACAACAGACAGCGAUUUAGAAUCAGAGGCCACUGUACCGACAUUAGUAAACACUGAAGAAUCUGGACACAAAACUGAAUCGUCCUCACUUAGUGAGUCAAUCACAAAAUUACCAGCACAGAUUAUGACUCACACAGCUAGCGAGACCAGUGCUGGUAAAGGUGAAUUACACACUUCUACACAGAAAAAUCUAGCCAUGACCCCAACAGUCAGCUACAUAAAUGGCAAGUUUGAGGUGACACUUCAGCCUAAAGAUGUGGCAGAAGUUGUUAGAGGAGAUACGUUUGGAAAGACUCUGUUCUCCUCUGGUCAGACUGGAAAUUUAGAUGAGAAAUUAUCUGAAAGCACUGUUACAAUGAUAUUGGAGAAGACAACUGUCAAAGAUGUGCUGUCUCCAUUAGGUUAUUCUUCAAGUUUUCCAUAUACAGAGUCUGAAGCUUCAGGAGAUGAGACCUCUGAUAUGUUUAGCAAAGAGUUCACAACAAAGACUUUGUUCUCUUCUGCCCACACUAGACAUUUAGAUGAGACAUUAUCUGAAAGCACUGUUACAAUAACCUUGGAGAAGACAACUGCCAAAGAUGUGCUGUCACCAUCAAGUUUUUCUUCAAGUUUACCAUCUACAGAGUCUGAAGCUUCAGGAGAUGAGAUCUCUGAUUUGUUUAUCAAACAGUUCACAACAACAAGUUCUUCACUUUAUACUCCAACCAAAUCAGAUCAUGAACUUACCGAAACAUCAUCUGACAUGACAGAAACAAUCUCAGUGUCCAGCUCAACAGAUGCUGAAGCUACAAGAGCAGUAACCACAGAUACUCUAAUGGAGGAGAAAGAUCUGUCAGCAAAACCAUCUGAAUCCACAAUCAUUAAUGUUUCGGAGACUCUGUUCUCCUCUGCACACACUGGAAAUUUAGACAAAACAUUACCUGAUAGCACUGUUACAAUGAUCUCGGAGAAGACAACUGCCAAGGAUGUGCUUUCCCCAUCUAGUUUUUCUUCAAACUUGAUGUCCAUGGAGUCUGAAUCUUCAGGAGAUGACUUCUCUGAUAUGUCUAGCAAAGAAUUCACAACAACAAGUUCUUCACUUUAUACUCCAACCAAAUCAGACUAUGAAUUUACCAAAACACCAUCUGACACAACAGAAACAAUCUCAGUUUCCAGCUCAAAAGACACUGAAGCUACAAGAGAUCAGACAACUCAGGCACAUAGCAAAGAAACUCUUUCCUCUCUCGACUCUAUUGUAACUAGUGCUGUACAUACAAUUUCAUCACCAAAUUCUUGGGACUCUAUGGGAGAAACCGUUACAAGUAAAGAUGUUACAUCUCAUGCAGCAACAACCACAGCUACUCUGAUGGAGGACAAAUAUCUCUCAGCAAAACCAUCUGAAUCCACCAUCAUUGAUGUUUCAGAGACUCUGUUCUCCUCUUCUCAGAUGGGACAUUUAGAUAAAACAUUAUCUGAAAGCACCGUUACAAUGAUCUCAGAGAAGACAACUGCCAAAGAUGUACCGUCAUCAAGUUUUUCUACUGAACAUUUAGGUGAGACAUUAUCUGAAAGCACUGUUACAAUGACCUUGGAGAAGACAACUGCCAAAGAAUCUUCUGAGCCAUCAAGUUUUUCUUCAAGUUUGAUUCCCAUGGAGUCUGAAGCUUCAGGAGAUGAGACUUCCGAUACAACUGGCUUCACAGAACUCGACAAAGACAUCACCAUAACACAAAAUUCAAGCUCUAUCACAUCUGCCUUUGUAGAAAGAGAAGGCUCUGGUAUUGCAGAAGAUGACCAAGAAACUACUCAACUGGAUAGUUCUGGUGAAGAGGACAGACCAAACACUCCAAAAACCGACUUAAAUGGGUUUGAAUUAUCAACCAUAGAGGAUGACAAGGAAUUUACCUCACCAGGAGACCCUGUUGCUGAGAUAUACGAAACACCAACAACUAAGGCAUAUGAGGACCUAUCUGUAAGAACUGAUGAGGCAGAAGUUGAAGAGAUGGAGAAGAAAACAGAAGAUGGCAGUGGGGAAGACUCAACUGAAGGGGAUGGAGCAGAAGAUGAUGGAUCAGGUGAUGAUACAACCCUUGUGACAUCUUCACCUUUGCUAUCAAGCUCAAAGAUGACAGAAACAACCAUUAGCACGACACCCUUUAGCUCAGUCAAAAGUGGACAGUACAGUACAUCCGGAGUUGUUUCACAAGGGCGCACAACAAUUGAAAUGCAGAGUGUGUUUUCAAGCACAAAUGCUGAAGGUUUCACUCUGGUCUCAGUGACAGCACUGACAGAGCAGGAACAUCCUGGUGCUUCUUUCUCAGAUAUAGCAGCCACUAGCUUUACAGCUCCUGGAACACCAUCUGGUGUGAUAACAAACCACACUAAAUUGCCUUCUUUCGUGACUCCUCAAGAUCCUGUGUCCACCACUACUCCAUUGGUCUUCUCUAAGGACAGUGCUGAUCAGCAAAUCACUCCAACAAGCCCAGUCUUAAUAUUCACAGAGGAGGAGGAAGAUGAAGAUAAGCUGUUUUCAACUGUAACAGAAAGUAUGAGAGAUCAUAGCAUCAAACCAGAAGUUUUCAAUAAGGAUGAUGUGAUUAUUGAUGCAGAUACUUUGUCUGUUCUAGAGCAGUCUUCUCCCUUCGCCCCUACAAUUGUUACAGAAGAAGCAGCUGGGGUAACCCCAAUUGUCAUGACGGCACAACCCACAAGCUUUAUGACAGAGGAACCAGAGGGAUCUGGAAUGGAUGUCACUAAGUUACCUCAGUUACAUGUGUCAUUUGAAACCACAACAGACAGGUUAAUAGUUCAACAAUCCCAAUCAACCCCAGACAUCCUGCAGAGCAUUUCAACAUAUUUAGAAGAGGAAACACAAGCAACACAAUCUCCCGAGGCUACUGAUGCUGAUGUACCUGAACACACACAAGAUGGUCAGAUCUACACAGAAUCCACAGAACUUACAAUGAGACACUCAGGAGACACUUUGUCUACGGAUGAUUGUAUUUUAGAAACAUCCACUUUAACCCCCAUCCCAUCUCAAGUGUCCACAGACGGAGUCAUAGAAAUAGUCUCAGCUGAAGAGGACCCAUUUGAAGUUGUAUCAACACAAGAUUCCAAGACCAAAAACAAAACAAUGCCACCAAUAGACUUAACAAGAAAGACAACACCUCUGCCACUACAUACAAUAUCUUCUGAGGUGGAAGCUUCAAGUGAAUUAUCUGACCAAAAUGAACCUACUCAAACAACUAUGUCCAGUCACCUUUUCACUUCAUCCAUUGCUGUUACAAGUAGUUCUCUUUAUGUUGAUUCUGUUUCACCUGAAGAGGAAAUGAACUUUACUGGAGAUUAUGUAACAUCUGCCCCAUCAAGUUCUGGAGAAAGUGUUUCUUCACAACAUCCAGGUGAGAAGAGCUUCUCUACCUCAUCACCUGAUGCUGAGACAAGCUUUGAGACCACCUCACAGCCUGAUGUUGAGACUAGUUUUGAGACCACCUCACAGCCUGACAUUGAGACUGGUUUUGAGACCACCUCACAGCUUGAUAGCAACAAAAUUGACACUGGCUUUGAGACUACCAUGCAACCAGACAUUGAGAGUGAAACUUCUUUUGAGAGUGUCUCAAGAACUGAGAGUGAUGCUUCAGUCACCAGCUCACCAAACAGUGGAACAAGUGGUUCAGAGAGAAGCACAUCUGGGGAAGUAAACACCAUAUCAUCCAAUAAGCAUUACAUUACAACAAGACUUUCUGAUGUCACAGAUAAACCCACUGCUACAAGUGAAGAAAAAUUCUUGGAAGAAAGAGUUGAGCAUACGACCCAAUCCAAACAAAAUGACACAGGAUUCAGGACCACCACCCAACCUCAAUAUGAUGGUUCUGUAACUUCCAGUAGUUGGAAGAGCAGCUCAGAUGAGGAUUCAGUUAUUAUCCCAUCAUCUGAUGAGGUUCAGGCAGUAAUUCUGUCUACUGCAACAACCUCACCUUUACUUAUGACACCUGAGUCUGAUAUAAAGAUUGUCAGUAAAGAAACUGCCUCAAGGAAACAAGAAGCAGCUGUUCAGAUUGAGGAAGCUGUAACUCUUACAACUGACAUUCCAAUUCAUAAUGAAUAUCAGAUGACAUCGUUAGUACCUACCACCCAGAGUGAGAUUACAACACCAUUUCCCUCCCUUGAAGAUGUUUCUGAGGUCGCUUUGGUUAAAAGCCCACCUCCAAGUAUACAGAAUGAAAGCACAACACACAGUACAGCAGACCUUCCAUACACAAUGAUCGGGCAGACAUUUGAUAUUCCAGAUGUUCAUCCCUGUUCUGAUGAUGUUUGCUUGAAUGGAGGUUCUUGUGCAAAAAUAGUCGGUGAUCAGAUCUGCAGCUGUCCACCUGGAUACAGUGGUGACCAGUGUGAAAUAGACAUUGAUGAAUGUCACACAAACCCUUGUCAUAAUGGAGGAACAUGUAUUGAUGGCCUUAACUCAUUCACCUGUGUAUGUCUUCCAAGUUAUUCAGGAGCACUUUGUGAGCAAGACACUGAAACAUGCAGCUACGGCUGGCACAAAUUCCAGGGCCACUGCUACAAAUUCUUUCCUCAUCGGCGUAACUGGGACACAGCAGAGCGUGAAUGUCGCCUCCAGGGGGCACACCUGGCUAGUGUCCUGUCCCAUGAGGAGCAACAGUACAUCAACCGCCUUGGCCAUGACUACCAGUGGCUCGGUCUGAAUGAUAAGAUGUUUGAGAAUGAUUUCAGGUGUACACAAUUUGUGCAGUAUAAUUGUCUCCCUCACAUUAACUUUUUCACCUCUAUCCAUAUUCCUCUCCUGCAGCAAUAUGAAAACUGGAGACCGAACCAGCCAGACAGUUUCUUUUCCUCAGGGGAGGAUUGUGUGGUGAUGAUCUGGCAUGAGGACGGCCAGUGGAAUGAUGUUCCCUGCAACUACCACCUCACCUUCACCUGCAAGAAAGGCACAGUGUCCUGCAGUCAGCCUCCUCUUGUCCUUAAUGCCCGCACAUUUGGCCAGCUGCGCCCACGCUAUGAGAUCAACUCACUGAUCAGGUACCAGUGCAUGGACGGCUUCAUCCAGAGACAUGUUCCCACCAUUCGCUGCAGAGGAGACGGCACAUGGGAUUUGCCCAGGAUUUCCUGCAUGAGUUCCUCCAACUUCCAAAGGUCAUAUGCAAGGUAUCAAACAUACAGAGUUUUUCGCAGUCAUCAGAAGAGAUCAGCAGAAAAUUCUGUUGAUGCACCCCGACGACACCAUCACCAUGGUGUAAAACACAAUCGGACGCAACAAUAGUUGCUAUUUUAACACAACCCUUUUAAUGUAUUUUGAUAACAUAUGACGGAUCUGCCUUCUGGCUGAAAGAAAUGAUUCUAAAAGAAAAGAUUAUUAAAAGGACCAGAAAAGAGUGGAAUAUCACUGGAAUAAAACAGUGGCUUUUUAUCUUUUUUAAGAGAGAUGGUUUCUAAGAACGACAUAAAGGACACAUUCAGCUGGCCUCUGAAAACACAAAAAGAUUAUCUGACCUGCCCUCCAUCUGUUCUGCUUCUUUUUGGGAAUACACAGUGCUUUCGUAAUUUUUAACUCACAAUCCAGCUAUAAUAGUGCAACCUAUUUUAGCUUCUAAACAUAAUGGUACAUAUUGAUACACACUUUGCCGUAUGAUUCUAUCAAUCUUUCUUCAAGUUUACAAGAACCACAGGUGUAUGCAGACAUCCUGCUGCUUACUGAACAAAUCUGAAAAAAAGAAAAAAGAAAUCGUACAUAAGAAUGUGAAAAAAAUAUGUAUUUAUUUAGAGAGAGCGAGCAAUGGCUCACAUGGAGUCAGUUUGUUGUGGUACAAAAAGGCCAAUAAUAUAAUUAAAAAACACAAUAUGUUUCAAUACUUUUAAUACAUUGACUUUUCACUAUUGAAAGCCAUGUAGAUUUUAGAUUAUUUAUAUUCCUCUGUUUGAUGUCUCUUUCAAGUGUUUACAGUUCACCUCUCGAUUCACAUACAUUUAAUUCAGCCGCCAUUCAUCUAUAAACCAAAAGAAACAUAGUGUAUAUACUUCACAUCAUUUUCAUCAACUUUCAUGUUUUUCUCAGACAGUUUAAAACUACUUUAAAGAGAAUGUACUUUGUGAGAUGCUUAAAAGACUUGAGAGAGUGCCUUUUUAACAAGAUGCCUAUAAUUUAUUUCUUGAGCUGCUCCUUGUUAUCUCAUUGUUGUAGCGAGAUAGAACACACUGAGGACUUCACAUGGCCAAACUGUACAUUGAUGAAGUUCAGUAUAUUAGUUUAGAAGACAGUGUGGAAAUAGCUGGCAGUAAUGUGACUAAUAAAUGGCAUUUGGAACUCACAGAAUUUAGAUGGAUUUCAUUAUGACAUUUGGGGUGUAUCAAUGGACCAAAAGAAGAGGAUUCAUAUAGUAAUAGGUUAAACAGAAAUGUUUGUUGAACUGGUUAUCCAUUUGUUUAUUCCCAAGCAUUUUUUUAUUUUUUUUUUUUAUUUUGUGUGUUUACUUGUUGUGUCUGUUUUUUUCUCCCCUCUCAAAAGUGCACAUAUCUUUUUAUAUUUAUAGUAUAACCUUUUUAUUGUCAAAUGUAAUUUUCUGGAAUGUUUGUGAAAUGGAAAAAUUGUAAGGAACGUUUUUAUGCCUUUCAUGUAAACAAAGUUUAUUAUAUUCUA